AAACCAAUCGUUUUGUUCGAUAUUGUGGCAUUACAAUUUCUGAUCCAUUAUUCAUCUUGAUUGCAUCCAAUUUAUGAAUAUUGGCAAUGAAUUUUAUGCCACACUCGCUUGCCAUUGACUGCCAGAUUACGUGCUACAUCUCUGUGUGCUGAUAGUCUUUUCGUGAUUUUUGUUGUUGUAUAACUGGUUUAGAAUAUCAAAAUUAGGGGAUCAUUAUCUAUGUUCCUGUUUUGUAGUGUUACGAAGUGUUGUGUAAAGUCAAUGCCUUGAAUGUAAUGACCUCACCUGAUCGUAUCCUGAAAACAAAGGGGAAAUAAAUUUGAAUAGGUCGUUGACUGCCCUUUUGGUUGCUUCUAGCGAUUGGAAUCGUAGUGUUUUAAAUGUGAUGUGGCUUGCGGGGAAGCUAGCUUUGGCCCAUUGGAUAUAGCUAUGGAAUUUUCUUCAUCUCACUCCCCCAUUUAAGCCGUGUGUGCCCUUCGAUUGUAUGAGGAUGAUGAGAAUCCCACGGAUGUGUAAAUAUAUGAGUUUAACUUGUUGCUAUAUCAUGUUACUAUGCAAAUAAUAUGUUAUCUUUGAAUAAGACUGAAGAUUGCGGUUUAGUAUCAAGUGCCAUGGUGCAGCGAAAUAUGAUAGUACAUAAGUGUUGAAUAUGAUUUCAGCUGUCAAUCUCCAGCUUAUAUUAACUGAUGUACUGUAAACUUUAGGACUCUUUUGGCUGUUUUUACCUCUGUGCUAUCACACCAUGCAGGAAUGAGAAAGCAUUGCAUUAAUACAUCAACAACAAUAUCUGUAUUUGUCAUGAUUUUUUUAUUUAAAUUUCUGCCAAAGGACCAGCCAUGCAAUUAGUAAAGCAUGAUAUUCGGGCUGAGGAUUCAUCAGAAACAGAGCCCAUUUUAUCCCAGCCAAGUAUAGCAGAAAGAUCAGAAGAAUCUUCAUCCUCAAUUGAAAUAACUGUGGGUGUGGAAUCUUCUGUAGCUGCUGAGCAUCCAUCUGUUCCCGAAAUUGAUGAGAGUAUUUCUCUAGUUUGCACAGAACAACCACAAUGCCGCAUUUGUCUCGACGCUGAAGGUGAAGAUUUAAUAGCACCCUGCCAUUGCAAAGGCACCCAAAAGUAUGUCCACAGAUCUUGUCUUGAUAAUUGGAGGUCAACAAAGGAGGGCUUUGCUUUUGCUCACUGUACAGAAUGCAGAGCAAAGUUCAUAUUGCGGGCAAAUGUCCCUCCUGAUCGUUGGUGGUUGAGAUUGAAAUUUCAAUUUCUCGUUGCAAGGGAUCAUGCGGCCAUUUUCGUUAUUGUUCAGCUGGUUGUUGCAUUUCUAGGUGUGCUGUUGUACAAAUUUUAUGGAGAAGAACUACGGGAGAUGUUUGGUUAUGAAGAACAUCCGUAUGGAUUUUAUACUAUGGCCGUUCUUGCUAUUGUGCUGGUGGGUUUGCUCUAUGGCUUCUUCAUUGCAAUAAUAUGUGGUCAGAGGAUCAAUGAGCGACACUACCACGUUCUUGCCAAGCAAGAGUUGACAAAGGAGUAUGUGGUGGAAGACAGGGAAACCAACAAGCAUGUGUCAGAACUUGAUCCUAGUCAUAUCACGGAGCUAAGAAUGCUUGGCCUCUACUGAGGUACGGAGCCAGAAAAUAAUCCCAAGAGGGGCAAAAAUAUGUAUCGGGAAAGUUUAGAAGAAUUAAGAAGGAACAUUUAGUGAAUCAAGGGUGUAAAUUAGCAAAAAUCAAGAUAUGUAUAUAUAUGUAGGAAAAUUUGAGGGUCAUAUGCUUCGUCAUAAUCAAUAAUGAAAAAGUUAGUGCUACAGACGUGAGUUGAAGCUACGAGUUAAUUGUUGUGCCUUGUUAAGUUACUAUAUAUCAAUAUACGAUGGAAAAUUCUCCACAAA